AUGGCUCCCAGUAUUACUGUUGUCCCUGCCUCUACCAGAGUUGGCACAGAAACAAUUCGUCAGCUUCUGGCCUCCCCCGAGAAGCCCUCGGUUCGCGGCAUCUACCGUGACACGGCUAAAGCUCCCUUCGAGUACACCAGCAACCCCAAUUUCGAAGCCGUCAAAGGUGAUGUAGAAACUGGAAUUGGCCUCGACUUCACCGGCUCCGACGGGGUUCUAUACGUGCCCCCUCCGAUAUACCAAAAGAAAAUGGAUCUGGCCGAUUGGGCGGAACUGACAGCUACAAAUGUCAAAAUUGCAUUGCAUCAGUCAAAUGUUGAGAAACUUGUCGUAUCAUCCGGUCUUGGAGCACGUUAUAAACACGGUGUUGGCCUCGCACGCCUCAACCAUGAAACUGACAGGAUACUCAAAGACGCCGCACGCGAAGUAACCGUUCUUCACUGCACCCAUUUCCUCGAAGAGUGGAGUUAUAUCUUCCAGAUGCCACUGGGCGACCCUCCAAGCAUCACGUCCUGGGUUGCCCCGGCAGACUACAAAAUUGCCAUGGUCAGCAUCAAGGAUAUUGCUAAAGUAUCCGUCAAGAGUCUACUAAGAGACUCUCAACAACCAGGUUUUCACUGUGUAAAGGUACUAGGCCCUCGUCUGUGCAGCUCAAAUGAUCUGAAGGAUGCUUUUGAGGAAGUGACUGGGCACAAGGUGAAGCUUGAACUUGCCCAAGGUGACGACUUGAAGGCUAUGCUUGGACACCUAUUCCCAGAGCACUGCAUCCCAGAUAUUUUGGAGGUUUUAGAGGCAUCUCUACCUGGUGGACUAAUCGCUACGGAAUAUGGCUACGAUGAAAACACUUUCACGGGCAAAGUUGAGUUGGUUGAUGUUAUUCGGGAAUUGCACAAGAAGUAUAACGAAUGA